UACUAUUUAUUUAGAUCACUGACAACGCUUGCAGGACUGUCGGCAUGCCCCAGUUCUAUACCGCACCGAGUUGUUCGUUUCAUGUACGCGUGCUCGUUCGCUCCGACAAACGCUCGUAUCGGAACAUUUUAGAGCAGCCAGGACAUAAAUUAGUCCUUUUCCCACCCCUGCCUGGUAAGGUUUAACCCUGGACUUAGCGGUCACAAUGCCUGGACGAGUCUGAACUUAAAUAGAGCUCUUCAAAACUCUCCCGAUGUGCCGCAGAAGUUCCUCCCGUGGCACGCUUUGCGCGACAGCGCCAUAAGUAAAACCCGCUGUCUCCCUGCAAAGCGUUCGCUUCGUCCAACACUACUGAGCAACAAACCAAACAGGCGAUGCUCCUGUCGCACCGUAGCUUGUCCAAGCGGCGUUAUUUCCCCCACUGACUUUUUUUUUCAGAUGAUUUUGUCAGUAAGGAAACGCGGGCAAAAUGAGCGACAACUUUGCACUGUAGUGUUCCGACCCACCCCGAUAAAAACCCCACCCAGCACACCGGGUUGGUUCCCCCCUUCCAGCACCGCCGUUUGUUUGCAGCCUGCACGUUUCUCGUUCCCCCGCAGGACGCGGGGCUGUCGGCACCAACCUGGGCAGAGCCCCUGAUUGCUUCCUCCGUGUCCUCCCCCCUCCCUGCCAAUCAGCGCCGUAAUCCUUAACGCUCUUCUCUUACCGAGGGCUGCCAAGAUGCAGCUUCCCUUCUCGCCGGCCCCCCUAAGACGGGACGGGAUGCCCAGGCUCCGCGCUCCCUGCCCAGUCCCGCGCCCCCGGGGCAAUUAGAUCGGAAAGAACCGGCGGUGAUGGAUGUCGCCGGUACCGGGCAGUCCCGUGAGGAGCUGGAGCGGGACACGGCCGGAGGACGAGGAAGGAGAAAGAGCACAGACAGGCUGUGUGCCUUCGGGAGCUCCCGACCCCGGCCGUGUUGGUGGGGGCGUUCGCGCCUCCGAGGGAGGAAGGGAAGGAAAGGGAAGGGGAGGGGAGGGACGGAAAGGAAAGGAAAGCCCGUGAUUGACAGCUGCUGGGAGCUCCUCUCCGGUCACCCCAGCCUUCCCAAGUUUUCUUUCACACGGAGGGAACUUCGCUGUUGCCAUGAAAACGGUUUUUACAAAGCACCAUCCUCCCUUCCCCCCUCCCUCUGGGGCAGCCGAACGGAAAAAACUCAAGUGGCCGAGGUUCGGAGAGGGGCUGGGGAGCCGGGAGCGUCCUGCCGGCAUCCAGCCCGGCCCAGCAACACGAAGGGGGGCACAGUGCUGCAGCGGGGCACCAGCCCGGCAUCAGGGCGGAGCUUCAGGCAGCUGGUGCCGGCAGGGUAGGGCGGCUUCCCUACGCAGAAACAGCUUCGGAGGCUAAAGUUUAGUUCUCGUCCCCUUCAUCCGCUGUGUGAGUUACAGGAACAGCUGUACAGGCGGCGGAUCCAGCCGGAAACCUCAGAUUUCUUUGUGCCCACCAAACUCGUUGCGGUCCUCCCCUCCGCUCCUCAACUCCCGGCUCCCAGCCCCGCCGGCAGCUGCACCAUCCCCGCUCCGUGCCCGCUGCUGGUCCAGCACCUCGGGGGUUGCGGCAGGAGGGGCUCGGUCACAGCAGUCCCCAAACACCAACUUUUUGCCCAUCCCCGUCCGCUCCAAACCGACCCAUUACCGGCGUUGGGGCUGUCGGGAACCACUCGCUGAUUGGCCGCCCUCCGCUCAUUUAUAGCCCGUCAAUCAAAUGCCCCCGGGAGAGGUGUACGCGUCGCUCAGCUCUGCCCGAGGGAUCCUCUGCUGCACCUCGGGGAGCGGCACGGGAAAGCUCCUUCCUCCUCCUCCUCUUGCAGCCGCCGUCCGGACCGGUUCUUUCUUUCUUUCACUAUUUUGAACUUCAUUUCCUCGAGCUGUGCCCGCCCGUCUGCCACCCUGGCGCAUCUCUUACCGGCCCCGGCCAUGUACAGCAUGCUGGAGACCGAGAUCAAGACUCCGCAACCCACGCCGGGCAGCGCCGGGGGGAACCCGGCCCCGGGCAGCAACGGCAAAGGCGGUGGCGGAGCCGGCAGUGGAGCGGGGGCCGGGUCGGACCAGGACCGCGUGAAGCGCCCCAUGAACGCCUUCAUGGUGUGGUCGAGGGGGCAGCGGCGGAAGAUGGCCCAGGAGAACCCCAAGAUGCACAACUCGGAGAUCAGCAAACGGCUCGGGGCCGAGUGGAAGCUGCUGAGCGAGGCGGAGAAGCGGCCCUUCAUCGACGAGGCCAAGCGGCUGCGGGCCCUGCACAUGAAGGAGCACCCGGAUUAUAAAUACCGGCCCCGGAGGAAGACCAAGACCCUGCUGAAGAAGGACAAGUACUCGCUGCCAGGCAACCUGCUGGCCCCCGGAGGGGGCAACGCGGUGAGCAGUCCCGUCGGGGUGGGCCAGAGGAUUGAUACUUACGCCCAUAUGAACGGUUGGACCAACGGGGCUUACUCCCUAAUGCAAGACCAGCUGGGCUACGGGCAGCACCCGGGCAUGAACAGCCCGCAGCUGCAGCCCAUGCACCGCUACGACAUGCCGGGCCUGCAGUACAGCCCCAUGAUGUCCACGGCGCAGACCUAUAUGAACGCCGCCUCCACCUACAGCAUGUCCCCCGCCGCCUACGGCCAGCAGCCCUCCACGGCCAUGAGCCUGGGCUCCAUGGGUUCGGUGGUGAAGUCCGAGCCCAGCUCGCCUCCGCCGGCCAUCACCUCGCACUCGCAGAGGGCCUGCCUGGGAGACCUGCGGGAUAUGAUCAGCAUGUACCUGCCCCCGGGGGGCGACGCCACAGACCCUUCGGCCCUGCAGGGCAGCAGGUUGCACAGUGUGCACCAGCACUACCAGAGUGCCGGGACUGCCGUGAACGGCACCGUACCACUAACUCACAUAUGAACAAACUGGCCUCCUCCGGGCGGCUACUCAUCGCAACCCCAGCACCGGGACGUGCGGCUCAACAGACUCGAUAUUAACUUGGGAGAAAUUUUAAACAGCAAAUCCGUUAGUUGUCUUCAUUAUUAUUAUUUUUUUUUCCAUUUUCUUUUGUACAAAAAUGAUUUGGUCAAUCUGUUCUUUUAACAGAGCACAACCGCCACCUAAAGCCCCCGGCAAGUUCUUAAACCACGGCGACUCUCCCGGUCUCCGCGGGGUUUGGGCUGGGCGUAGUUUUGUUCGCUUCCAAGUCUUAAAGACGGUGCAUCUUCUCGUUCCAUUUUGAGCGUUGCAAUGACGAAACGAAAAACCGACCCGGCGGGUGUUGUUUUCAAACAGUUGUUCCGUUGUUUACAUUUUCGUUGUGGUUACUGAAAGUGUUGUUCUUCCCACCUUGCCGAGUGCCGCUCAGUUUGUGGCCUCAGUUCGUAGAGUUUUUAACUUUUAGGGUUUUGUUCCUACGGAAAGGGGGCGGUGGGAGAGAGCUGUGCGGGUCGCGCAAACCCUUUCUUUUAUUUAUAGCAAGUUGUGUGUCUGGGUUUUUUCUUAAGCUGUAAACUUAUGUAAAUCGGUUUGUGAAUUUUACUGUGAACGGUGUUUUGACAUAUCAGACGAAGAAACGUUUUAUUAUUAUUUUUGUUUUGUUUUGUUUACCGAAUUUCUUCCAAAAAAAAAAAAAAAAA